GUUAUAGUUUAUUGGAUUCCCUUUAAUUAGUUUCGCAAAAAAAAAAAAUUUUCUGCCAUAAAAAAAAGCCUUGAUAAGUUGCAAUCGGUUGCAAUCAAUGGGGGAGUUAAUGAAAUUGUACUGAUUUUUUUCUCUUUUAUAGUCGAGCGUAAUGCAUUAUUAUGAACUUGCAUUCUGUAUUGAUUGGAAUAGAUGAAUGGAAAACAUGCAGUUAAUUAACAGACGAAACGAUCAUUGAUUACAAAACGAAACACUAAAACUAAUUUACGUAAUCCGUUUUCUCGCUGUGCACUAACGAUUUAUCGAUCAAAGCGAAAUUGAACGGAGCCUUUCGACCAUAGUAUCAACAACAAGGAAUUUCCGAAAAAAAAAACUGAUUAACUAAUCGACUCAGUCUUCAAAAUCAAACGGGUGGUGCAAAAAUCUAUCCAUCGAUUGGUUUCAUCCACUGCGGCGGCCUUAUACAAUUUUGGUUACAGUGCUGGCGCCGCUACUCAAUUUAUUUACACUUGAGUGGGUUGAUUUUUGGCAUUUUUGAUGCCGUAUAUUGGAAACGAAAAUGAACUAGAUAAACUACAUCCAAGCGAGUGUGGUUGAAAAGUUUGAUUUCAAUACGGUUUUGUUGCUUGACUCAUUCGAAAAUUCGGAAAUUAUUUUCGUCGAAAUUCACAUCGACAAUGCAUAGACAUUUUCGCUUCAUUAUAAAUUCAAAUUCACUGUCGUUGGAACGAGCACCGGUUCUGAAUUAUUGAUAUAAUCAAUUGAAUUCCGUUUUCUAUGUAAAUUGACUUGCGAUUUCCAGAAUAAGUACAUGGGUGGGCCCGGAUUGUGGGCUGAGAACCGAAAUACUACCGUAAAUGAAAACGCCAGAGAAACACACGAGGUAUAAUUACGAAAAGGGUGUGUAAUACUGUGUAUGUGUAUUAUGUAGGAGAAUAUGUGCAAUCUGAAACAGUGCUAUAAUUAAUAACGAUCAUUAAAGGAAAAACUUCGCAAAUUAGCUUGAAAGGUUUGAAAGUGGGAUGAGCCUCGACACGUGGCCCGCACGCAUUUAAAAUAGACGGCCACAUUUCGUGACCACAAAUUUGACUAAGUUGAAUUCCGAACCAACAACACAAUGGACAAAUCCAAAUCCAAAUCGAGUUCACCAAGGAAACAAAAACAGCUUGGUCCAGCUCCAAUCGCAUCGUUUGAGGAUACUGAAACUUCAUCCGAUGAGCUUAAAUUUAAGAUGGAUUUGAAUAAAACGGAUUCGCAACUGACCCAUAUCGUUGAACAAACGUCGAAUAGAAAAACAACGAAUGAAUCUGCGACCACGUCUACAAUGACCGAACAAGCACAAUCGCGAAAUGUGUUACGUGUUUCACAAACGCCUCGUAUUGAUAUAAGCCGUGCGUCGAGCUCAUCGCAGCAUGAAGACAGUCGAGAUAGUAGCCCUGAAAAUGUAUUUGAACAGAUCGGCACUGGCACUUUGCAAGAAGGCAACGAAACUGAUCUGGGCUUUGGUGAAGAUGGUACUAACGAUUUGAGAAGAUCCACAGAAGAGUUGUACUUUGUUGAAGAUAAUGAAAAAACUAAAGAAAAAUCGGAGCGAGAAAGUGGAUGGCAGUCGAGUUCGGCGCAGCCCGCACGUUCGUCGCCCACACUGUAUCGAUUCGAGGAAAAACAACAGGCUUGCUUGCAACAGAAUGCACGAAAAGACUCGGUAAGCUCCGAAGUGGCCGCAUUAUUGUGUAUAUCGGGACGAACGAGUCGAAUAUCAAGUGUUGGCAGUCAAGGAUCAGCUGUGAGCCGAUUGUCGGCUGUGUCGGGUGUAUCGAGAUCGCCUUCGCCACACAAAAUGCUUUUGGAGACAUCAUUCUGUGGACCAAAGCCGCUAGGCGCCGACGCUGCAGCAGCCUCAGCAAUUGGCGACACAAUAACAACCGAUGAAUUGGAACAAAUCAUUUUGGCUAGAAAACAUGAUGUUACAAAAGCCGUUUUGGCUGAAGGAAUCAAUAUCGAUUUAUCGACUCCGAAGAAAACGAAAAGUGAACCGAAGAGCGAGGCGAAUGGAAAUAUUAAAGAUGAGCCCGAAAGAACCGUUAAGCGAACGCAAAUUGUAACCGAUAAAAAUACGGUGAGCGCAUCACGUGGCAAUAAUCCAGUGAGAAAAGGUGGCGUGCUCAAAAAGAACAAUUGUACAAUUGUUGGCGUUACGCCACAAGGAACACAGUAUAUCAGAAUCAAGUUAAAACCAGACGAAUUGUAUGAUGACAAAGGAAUAUCGUCAAAUGAGCGUGUGGUGGAGGAAAGUGAGGUGUCCAAACCCGUUUCGCUGAGUCUAAAAAAAUCGACAACUAAAAAAGCUGCGCCACAUUUCACACAACUGGUACAUGACGGUGGUUCAAAGCAAACAGAUCAUCACUUGACACCGACUGCAUCACCAAAACCAUCACGCAGUGCACUGAAGAAUGCCGGCAGCCGUUCUCCAUCGCCCGCUACAACGGGAAUUAGUAUUUCCCGCAAAAGUUCAUUCUGUUCGCUGUUCAAAGCGAAAGAUACGGCGAGCCCCGACUCACCAAGUGGUCAGCGAAAGAAGAGCGCCAUUUCGAUACUUUUAGAUAGCCCACGUGAUCGGUCGCGUAGUAAAAGUAGAGAAAGUGAGAAAAGCGGUGGCGGUGGCGGUGUAUCGGCGAAUAGUACACCGAGUAAACAACGAUCGAUUUUGGCCAUAUUUAAGCCACGUAAAAAUUCCUCAAAGUCUUCGUCUCCCAUUGAUCCUGAGAUGAAUGAAAUUAUGUCCACUAAACAAGAGCAUCACAGCCGAAAACAAACGCAUAAGCAAGAGGAAUUCCAGCAAAGACCGGGCAGCACAACGCCUAGAUUAUUGUACUACGAUCAACCUAAAGGCGAUCCACAUGAAGGCGUACGCAUUCCGCUACACACGCCUCCCGAUGAAAAAGAAAAUGUCACUUUUGCAUCGUCUAUCGCAACAUUAGCGCAACAAGCGGCUGCUGCUGCAGUUGCCAAAUCGACUGCAACUAUGCAUGUUGAUGCUGAUGUUAUUGAAGUGGCACCAGUACCAACGCCACCUAAGCCUAAAACUCCAGUCUCGGAACGAAAACAAACUAAACAACCGAUCACAAAGUCUGUUGUUAGCACAUCGACUACACCAACGGCGACGGCACAACCAAAAAUUAAGAAAUCUUAUCGAAUCGAAUUGCCGGAUGGAAGUGUGCGCAUUCCAUUGCGAUCUCCAUCUGACGAACGAAAUGAAAUUGAUGAAGGAGAUAAUAAUAGCCAAUUAUGGAGCACAGCUGUGCAACGAAAUAGUUCGCAAGAGAGUCAAGAUACAGUUAUUUCAUCCAAAGCAGCUUCGCUUGUUAGUGGCGGCGAAACACAAGCAAAUAAAUCACCGGUGACCAUUUCAGCGGUUGUUGCAGCUCAAACGCCACCUAUCACAUCUGCGGUCGAACAAAAGUCCAAAGCGCCCGCAAAGCAGAUUUCACAAGAAGAAACCAUAAUUGUAUCGAUUGAAAGCGCAAACGGUGGCAUUCGUGCGAUGUCCAAGGAGCGCAAACGAAUUCUAUUUAGUACAAAAAUUGGAUCAGGUAGUGAAGAGCAAAUAUUUGCGACGCAGCUGAGCUUGUCGAAAACGGAAAGUCUUUCAAGCCAAUUAUCCGAACAAGUGCCGAAUCUGAGCUUAGAAAGCCCAUCAGCUGAAAAGAGCGAAACGGUGGUGCGCGAUGAACAAAAGCCAGAGCCAAUACCAGAGCAUAGUGAGCCAGUUGUGCGAAUGCGAUCAAAGGAGGACAGAGACAGAGAUAGGGUUAGAGAUACGGAAGUGCAUGCUGUGAAACAAGAAGUGAUUAACGUGAAUCGACAUUCGAUGUACAUUGAAAAUAUCGAAGAGAUCAUGGAAACUCAGCGAAGAAUCGAAACAGAGAGAAAGAAUUCAAUAGUAAAAGAGCAACAACAAUCUGUGGAGAGUGCAGCCGAACCGCAUAAACAGAGUGUCGUGAAGCCGGUGAAACCGGAACGAGCCAGCAAAUUGGGUUCGCCGAGAAGCAGAGAUUCAACUGAAGAUCGUCGAUCCGCCACUGCCGGCGGGUCAUCAGGCAGCGAACAAGAUUCAGAAAUAGAUCCAAAACAUCGAAUACCGCGACAAAUUGGUGCAGUUGAAGAGGAAAGUGCGGGCUUAGUCAGUCAAGAGUCGUAUGACGAUUCCGAAUUGCCCUAUGUUCCAACGACUUUGCCUGAAGAGCGAACUUUGGGUAUUUCCAUAAUACCAGUUCGUGAACGCGCUUUGAUGGAUGUUAAAACAUGCCCGUUAGAGCGACCUCGUUCGACGACUCCCCUAAAUAUAUCAUGCUUACAAGAAUACUGCGGAGCAGCGGCACUAACCGAUGACAUAGAUUUUCAACGAGGUGAAAAGCUUCGUAUUAGCCUACCACGAAGAGAUGUUAGAGAGGUCAGUUCAAGUGGUUCCAGAUCAAAAUCACCACGCCGCGUAUCAAAUUCGAGUGGAAAGAGUUGGUUUGAAUUUGCGGAGCAAGGCAUCGGAGGCACAUUGAGUAGUCCAUCUAACUCACAGGCUAAAGAUAUCGUUGAUGACUCAGCGUCACGUAAAACUCCAAAGGCGACAAACGAGUGGAUCGAUUUCGAAAACAUUCCGGAGAAACGGAAACCAGCUAAACGCAUAACUACUUUACCGCAUAAGGAUUCGAUGAUGGGUGAAUCGUCGCAUCACGUACAUUAUAAUUAUGUGAAUCCAGACGAAUGCCAAUGCGAAUGCCAUGGUAACGAACGGGACGCAGGCAGCAACAACACGGAUAGUGAGAAAAAAGAAUCAUUGACUGAAGACCAAUCACCAGAUGACUGUGUUCCAUUAAUUGAAUCAGACCCUGACAUUGAAGAAAAUUUGAAUAGAAAUCAGGCCGUUGAACCUCAUGAACAAGAGCCACAAUCAUCAGCCGAAGCUUGGAGACAACAAUCAAUCGGUCUUGAGUCACAGGAUAAUGGUAAAACGAUGAAAAGCAGCUUCGAUUCAGGCGGUUCACAGUCGCCAGUCUAUCAACGCUCAAACAAAACGACUACCGUUCAAUUGCCUCAAAGACUUCAACGUUAAAAUCGAUUUACUUAAAAUUCUAUUAAACUAGUCACCCAAAAUCACCCACAUUACGAAUAGCAUUAAUCUGCAACUUACAUAAAUUAAAACUAUAUGCUCACAAUUUACCUUAUUUUUGUUUGGUUUUAAACGUUUGACAUCGAGCGACUGACAUUGUAAAUGCUGUAGAAGAAAUCGUACAUCUUUUGUUUGAACUUGAUGUAUUGCUCUAUGAAAUUUUUUUGGAACAAAUUUCACUAUAUUAGCGUAAACACUCAAAACAUUCAAUAUUUAGCCGAAUUAUUAUUAUUCAAUAACUGUAAUAGAUAAAUGAAAUGCAAGUUAAUUAAUAUUAAUUAAACCAAACUAUCACUUUUCCCCUAAUAAGAAAGAAAAUACUGUGCAAGUGAUUUAGAGAAAUUCAGUUUUUCCCUCUCUCGCUUUCCUUAGGAGAAAAUCCGUUUGAAACAAACGCUGAAUUAGUGAACAUUUUUGUUUUAUCUCAAAUUGUUUGUAAUCGUAUUUAUGGCUAAAUGCACUGAAUUCGACUAUUUUAAUAUUUACGACUUUAAUUUUGGAGUUCAAAAGUGAUUUUGAACGAAUUCCAAAUAUUGCUUUGUUAAAAUGAGAAUAAAAAAGAAACCUAUUUGUUUUGCCUUUAUGCCUCUGAUGAUUGCUAUCAAGCUUUCCAAUCAAAUAUGUUCUAUUAAGAAACCUAAACGUAUUUGAAACAGUUUGGUCAUGGGAUGGUUAGAAAAAUAAAAGCCAUGGCAAGCAAUAUACUUAAGACAUAUUUAGAAAAUAUACAUAAUAUUGAUCUCCUUUUUUCUGAUCCCAAUCGAUAUAUUUAAUCAUUGAUAAAAUACUAAAAAAUGUCACAUUCAAACUUAUGACCAACCCGUAAAAAAAAUCGUAUACAUCACUUGUGACGGGAGACAUUUUUCCCAUGAACAAUAUCUUUUUGAAUGAAAUUGAAUCAAAUCAAAUCGACAUUGUUUUAACGAUGAUAACGAUUAUUAUUAUUAUGAUAACGAUCAAGUGGGAAACUCUAGUUCUCUAUUGAGAACUGUCCUGCAUAAAUGUAGUAGCUCAUUAGUUGAAAUCACUUACCUAUUUGGCCUAUUGUAAUGGUAAAAAAAUCAAUAAUUUUGCAAUGCACCAACCAAAAAUGAAUCAAGUUUAUUAGAGAGACUAAUGGUCACCAUUACGUUUUUUAAUCAAUUGUUUUUUCAAUGGUGUUGUGCCACCAAGAAUACACACACAUACACAAUCUAUUGCCAUCGUUGAUCAUAAUCAGUAAUGUUUAAUUCAUGGAAUUCCAUCCAAAAUAAAAGACAUCAAGUAAAUAGCGAUUUAAGCAAUUACAAAGUCGAAAUUACGAAAAUGGAUUUGAUUUGUGUCGUUCCUCCGGAUUUUUUUUUUAGAACUUUUACGUUUUAUAGAGGGAUUUAUUCCCUGGGAAUACCUACAUAAUCAGUCCGACCGAUUUUUACAAUUUACAACGCUAAUAACCACCCACCAGAACGGAUGUUUUUUUAAAUGAUUUUUUUAUUUGUAGAUAUUUAUAUAGGCGUAUGUGUGUAAACCUCAUUUCAUCGAUUUGUAAAUCCCAUUUCUUCAUUUUUCGAUGUGCACGCUGUAUCGAUGUUCUUCAAUCACACACACACACAAACGAUCGCAAUAACCGAAUAAGUUAAAUCUAACAACGUUCGUGCAAUCAUUGAAGCUACAAUUGUUUGAGAAACACUUUAUAAGUUUAAUGGUUGUUAGGAUAUCGAAGCCAAACGAAAUUGGAAUGAAUAAGGAAAUAAAAAAAUUUGUUCAAAACUUUUGGAGUAAAUAUGAAGGAAAUAGCUUCGAUUCCACAGAUCACAAAGAAAACAAGUUAUCGAAUUAACAAAAUGAAUUAAUAAUUUAAAAAAAACGGAAGCACUUACUUUAAACAAAAAUGUACCUAUUGACGUUGUUAUUGGUUAAAAACGAUCUCUAAAAUGUAUUUAAUAAAAUAAAACAAUGAAAACAUUCAAGUGACAAAUUUCAAUCAAAUAUAAAA